CCCGCGAUGUCGGCCAACGCCACGCUGAAGCCGCUCUGCCCCAUCCUGGAGCAGAUGAGCCGCCUGCAGAGCCACAGCAACUCCAGCAUCCGCUACAUCGACCACGUGGCCGUGCUGCUGCACGGGCUGGCCUCGCUGCUGGGCGUGGUGGAGAACGGCCUCAUCCUCUUCGUGGUGGGCUGCCGCAUGCGCCAGACCGUGGUCACCACCUGGGUGCUGCACCUGGCGCUGUCCGACCUGCUGGCCACUGCCUCCUUGCCCUUCUUCACCUACUUCCUGGCCGUGGGCCACUCGUGGGAGCUGGGCACCACCUUCUGCAAACUGCACUCCUCCAUCUUCUUCCUCAACAUGUUCGCCAGCGGCUUCCUGCUCAGCGCCAUCAGCCUGGACCGCUGUCUGCAGGUGGUGCGGCCGGUGUGGGCGCAGAAUCACCGCACGGUGGCCGCGGCCCACAAGGUCUGCCUGGCGCUCUGGGCGCUGGCGGUGCUCAACACCGCGCCCUACUUCGUGUUCCGGGACACCAUCCCGCGGCUGGACGGGCGCAUCAUGUGCUACUACAACGUGCUGCUCCUGCACCCGGGGCCGGACCGCGACGCCACGUGCAACUCGCGCCAGGCGGCCCUGGCCGUCAGCAAGUUCCUGCUGGCCUUCCUGCUGCCGCUGGCCGUCAUCGCCUCGAGCCACGCGGCCGUGAGCCUGCAGCUGCGCCACCGCGGCCGCCGGCGCCCGGGCCGCUUCGUGCGCCUGGUGGCGGCCGUGGUGGCGGCCUUCGCGCUCUGCUGGGGGCCCUACCACGUGUUCAGCCUGUUGGAGGCGCGGGCGCACGCCCACGCGGCCCUGCGGCCGCUCGUGUGGCGCGGGCUGCCCUUCGUCACCAGCCUGGCCUUCUUCAACAGCGUGGCCAACCCGCUGCUCUACGUGCUCACCUGCCCCGACAUGCUGCGCAAGCUGCGGCGCUCGCUGCGCGCCGUGCUCGAGAGCGUGCUGGUGGACGACAGCGACCUGGGCGGCGCGGGCAGCAGCCGCCGCCGCCACCCCUCCUCCUCCUCCUCCGUGUCGCUCGGCAGCCGCCGCCAGGCCUCGCUUGCCCCCGCGCGCCUCCUGGGCUGGCUGCGGGGCAGCCGCGCCGCACCCCCGCACAAGGGCCGGGCCCCGUCCCAGGACGAGAGGGGCCCCCUGAGCCGGGGGCUGAGCACCACCUCGGAGUAG